GCGGGAGUCAUCUUCGCGUGAUGUCUGUCUUCCUCCCUCUCCUCGCAGGCGAGACUGACCCUGCCCUCCUCCAGGCCCUCGCUCGCAUCGGACCUCUCGUACUGCCCCCGAGUCAUGCCAACACUCUCCCUCUCCCUCAACAGACACCACGCUAUGUCCUCUUUGAGAACGGCAGUCUAGACGAGGCAACUGCUGCACUCGAUCAGGGUGCAGACAAAGUCGUACUGCCCCUUGCGCAGGCAAAGCAGGCCAUCGGCGUCCUUCCAGCCGAUCGUCUCAUCCUUCUCCUCGACGUCGCCAAUGUCAGUGCAGUGUCGGACACCGUGCGCAACGGUAUCUCGGGCGUACUCAUCAAGACCCCAGCCGUAGAUGUCGACUUCGUCUCGUCCGUUUCGCGCUUCUUCACGGGCUCCACCAUCCAUGUCCUGCCUGCAGACACGACUUCACCGCCUUCGCAGUCAACGAUUCGAGGGCUUCUUGCUGCGGGGGCUAUCUUGGUGCUACCCACCGCCCUCCUCACGCUCACAGCCUCGACCGAGCGACAGAUCAACGUCGCUGAUGCAUUCCUAUCUCCCCUCACGUCUGAUCGGCCAGACGGCCUCUUCCCGACCGUAGUGUCCGCCCACAAUGAAGGGGGACGGUCGCUCGGCCUCGUCUACUCAUCCGCAGAGUCGAUCAAGGAGAGCAUCGUGACCGGCAAGGGCGUGUACCAGUCGCGCAAGCACGGCCUCUGGCGCAAAGGCGAGACCUCCGGCGCGACGCAGGACAUCGUCAGCAUCCGUCUGGACUGCGAUUCGGAUGCCAUAGAGUUCUCCGUCAUCCAGCAUGGCGCCGGCUUCUGUCACCUGAACCGCGCUUCGUGCUUCGGCGGGGACGAGGCAAAGGGUCUCCGGGCGCUGGAGAAGACCCUGCAAUCGCGCCUCGAGUCCGCCCCAGAGGGUUCCUACACGCGCCGACUCUUCAACGACCCUGCGCUUCUCCAAGCAAAGAUCAUGGAGGAGGCAGACGAGCUAUGCCGCGCGGUGACGAAGGACGAGGUUGCGUUCGAGGCUGCCGACCUCAUCUAUUUUGCCCUCACACGAUGUGUAGCUGCAGGCGUGAGCAUUGCUGACAUCGAGCAAUCACUGGACCACAAGGCAAAAAAGGUCACUCGGCGCGCGGGUAAUGCGAAGCCACAGUGGAACACGGCGUCGGAGACCACUGCAGCAACAAUUGGCAAACCUACCGUUCCUGCACCUGCCCCAGCCAAGCAGAAGGCCGUCCUUGACCCGAAUGCACCUAUCCGCAUGCAUACAUACGACCUGGCUGCGACUUCGUCCCAGGAACGGGCCCAGCUGCUCCACCGGCCCGUGCUCAAAUACGAUGAGAUGCUGCAGAAGGUCAAGCCCAUCGUCGACGACGUGCGGGUGCGGGGCGAUGCCGCGCUCCUCGAGCUCACCGCCAAGUUCGACAAGGUGCAGCUCCCGUCGACAGUCGUCCGCCCGCCGUUCGCGCCGGAGACGAUGCAGGUCGACGAGGAGGUGCGCAAGGCGAUCGACGUCGCGUACGCGAACAUCCACAAGUUCCACGCUGCGCAGGCGGACAACGCGACCUUGGUCGUCGAGACCAUGCCCGGCGUGGUGUGCUCGCGCUUCGCAAGGCCGAUCGCGCGCGUCGGCCUCUACGUCCCCGGUGGCACCGCGAUCCUCCCCUCCACCGCCCUGAUGCUCGGCAUCCCCGCGCAAGUCGCGGGCUGCAAGGAGAUCGUGAUCGCGACGCCGCCGAGGCAGGACGGGAGCAUCUCGCCCGAGGUCAUGUAUGUCGCGAAGCUCGUCGGCGCGUCCGCCAUCCUCAAAGCCGGCGGCGCGCAGGCGGUCUCCGCGCUCGCGUACGGCACGCAGACCGUCCCGAAGGUCGACAAGAUAUUCGGCCCGGGCAACCAGUGGGUCACCGCGGCGAAGAUGCUCGUCCAGAACGACACAGACGCGCUCGUGUCGAUCGACAUGCCUGCGGGGCCUUCGGAAGUGCUCGUCAUCGCCGAUCGGACGUGCAACUCUGCGUUCGUAGCCGCGGACUUGCUGUCACAGGCGGAACACGGCGUGGACUCGCAGGUCGUCCUCGUUGCGGUCGAUCUCUCGGGCGCGAAGCUUGCUGCGAUCGAGGCUGAGCUCGAUAAGCAGGCGAAGGCUUUACCGCGCGUGGACAUCGUCCGCGAGUCGAUCUCGAAGAGCAACAUCGUGAAGGUGAAGACUGUUGAGGAAGCACUGGAGUUCUCGAACGAUUACGCACCGGAGCACCUCAUCAUCCACCUGGAGGACGCGAAAGCAGCGGCGGCUCUAGUCGAGAAUGCCGGGAGCGUGUUCGUCGGACCAUACUCACCGGAGAGUUGCGGCGACUAUGCCUCUGGCACAAAUCACACAUUACCCACAAACGGCUACGCUCGUCAGUUCAGCGGAGUCAAUACGCUGUCCUUCCAAAAGCACAUCACGUCACAAGAAGUCAGUGCAGACGGCCUCAGAGGUCUCGGUCCCGUGGUGGCGACGUUGGCCGAUUGCGAAGGUUUGGACGCCCACGCGAACGCGGUGCGCGUUCGUCUGCGGGCUCUGUAA